UAUCUGUCAAUGUCAUCGUCAAAGUUUACGAAGUUUACACAUGUUGCUAUCAUGUUUAUUUCUAAUUCUAACCAAAUAAAAACAUUAAACAAUUUGCAAAGUAUUUUUUGCCAUUUAAAGUAGCCCAUUAAAGCAUUCAUAAAGCAAACGCGUCCAGUCCAGUUGGUUCAAAUAAUGUUAGAUCUUUGGAACGACUCUUCUCUUAGGCCACCGCCAAUCUUGACAACUCUUCUCACAGGCAAUGUUGGUGUAAAGAAACUGAGACAUGAUAUCAACAACAUAAUUAGCAUAUUAUCACGACAAUCACCCCUCCACAAAGAAAGUGCUCUCUUAUCUAGAUUUCUAUAUAAAUUCGAUAAGAAAUUUCGCAAUGAUAUCGGCUACAGGAACUUUAGAAAAGUCAAUACAGCCUUGCAUAAAUAUUUAGCACUAAAUUUGUUGUCAGAUGUCAAAAGCUUCAGUUCUGUGUUACCAUCACCUGGAGAAGAACAGUACCUUCCAACAAGACAGAUGUUACAGUACAUUUUAAUAAGAUUGAUGACAUUUUCUAAAAUAAUGUUUAGAAUUUGUGUGUGUUCAAAACAGGCGGCAAUUUUCUAUAUGGAUAGAUUGAAAAGAGGUGACAGUUACUGGAUGUCCCUAAUGCCUUAUGGUCUUCUAAGCCGUGUGUGGUCAGUGAGUUUGGUAUUACUGCAACAUGCUACUUCAUGGUAUUCCAGUCUGUAUACAUUUUUAGACAAGUUGGAUUUAAAAGGGAUCCAUUUAUUGCCAGAAGGAUAUGAAUUACCAAAUGAUUUACAAACAUGGUUGGAUGUAGUCAACAUUGAUAGUUAUGGCAAAUUUAGUUGGUCAGGAGAAAAAUAUAAAAUUGAUCCACUUGCCCUUGAAGAUGAUACUGAUAACAUUUUAGAUUAUGUCAAACAAUUGAAUGAAGAAUCUGUAGAGUAUGAUGGGGAAACAUUAAACCAAGUGUUAACUGACAAUGAUAAAGACAGAACACAAGCACUUACUAAAAACCUUGAGGAAUCUUUACAAGAGGUUGAAGAGUUUCCUCAGAAUAUUGACAAGGGGGAAUCAAUAUCAAGAGAAUACUUUAAAAAAUUCUUUAACACAGAUAGUAAAUUUAAUGACAAACAAAAUGUACAUUCUUCAGCUAAGGUCACCAGUAAGGUUACUCUUCAGAAAUUCCUUAAAGAUGAGGAAUCAUUUAGAAAUGAAGGUGAUAACCAAUCACUGACCCAGCAUCUCAGUUUCAUGCAAUGGCAUGUACUUAGAACCUCUUUAGAGAAACUCAAUGAGUCUCUUGCUAAUAAUAGGAAAAUUGAGAGAAAAUUUCAAAAGAUAUGGCAAGAAAAAUGUUUAGAUUACAUUCAUUAAUAAUAAGAUAUAUUUCUUUAUAUUGUUUAUUAAGUAUGUACAAUACAAUAUACUUAUUACAGCACCAUUUUCAUAGUAAUAUUUUACGAAAACUGACACAAUAAAUAAUUUAAAUAAAAAUGCAACUAAUUGUACCAACUCAAUAGACGUUGCAUCUAAUACCAACAUUGAUUUCAGUAGCAGUUAGGUUGGAUCACCCUGUGGUAUAAACAAAUAGUUUCAAUUUUUUUCUAUUAAGUAUAUGCAGUCUCAUGGUGUGAAUAAAUCUAUGUACAAUAA